AUGUCACUUCCACAUUCGGACGAUCUCUAUAAACAUGUAGCACAACCACCUCCUGACUUUUCUAAAGUUCCACCAUUGUUUAGAAGUACACCUUUAAUAAGACAUCAUAACGCAUCUAAACCUCGUUUGAUAAAGGAAACUACUAUUACAAAACCACAAAAUAACACAAAACAUUCUUCAUUAAAAUUAUCAAGUUCAAAGCCAAUUCCUACCUUUACUAAACAACCAACAUUUGAUACAAGUGAAUUAACAAAAUUAUUAGGAGAAAUAAUGGAAGAAAAAUUACAACAAUUAAAAAAGGAUGAAAUAGAAAGGACAGAGGUUAUUGGAGCAAAUCAAGUUCUUGUCAACCCAGUUCAAAACGAAUUAAAAAAAGAAUUAGAAAAAGUAGAAUCAGAAUUAAAAUUAAAUAAUGAAAAGAUAAAAAGUGUUGAAAUGGAGAAACAAUCAAUUUUAUUUGAAAAUGAAUCAUUAAAAAAUCAACUCAAUGUACUUAAAAGAACUGUUGAAACAACUAAUGGGAAUUGGGAAAUGGAAAAACAAAUGAAUGCAAAUGCUCAAAAUAAAAUACAAGAAUUAUUAGAAACAAUCCAAAAAGCAAAUGUUAUUGAAGUUUCUGAAGCAGAAGAAGUUGACCAUCUUAUUAAUAUAGCAACACGUAAUAGAGCAGUUGCAGCAACUAAAUGUAAUGCACAAUCUUCAAGAUCACAUUCAAUAUUUAUGAUGGAUUUAUGUGGAAGAAAUAUUGGAUCAAAUGAACAACGAUUUGGAGGAUUAACACUAGUAGAUUUGGCUGGUAGUGAACGAUUAGAUGAAAGUGGAGCAAAAGGAGAACGAUUAGAAGAAACAAAAAAUAUUAAUAAAAGUUUAAGUGCACUAGGGGAUGUUAUUGUUGCUAUUGCAAAUAAAGAUAGUCAUAUUCCAUAUAGAAAUAGUAAAUUAACAGAACUUCUUCAAAAUUGUCUUGGAAGUGAUUCAAAAACAUUAAUGUUUGUUAAUAUUUCAUCUGAUCAACAAGACACAUUAGAAACAAUAUCUUCAUUAAGGUUUGCAACUAAAGUAAAUACCUGUGUAAUUGGAACAGCUAAACGACAUGUUCAAUAAUAAAAAUAU